AUGUGGUAUGGGCCACAACCAACAAUUGUUGUUCACGACCCUGAACUCACAAGGGAGGUGACACCAGAGAUUAAUCUCUUUCAAAAGCCUCAUGCCGGUCAAUUUUUCACAUUGCUGGCGCCAGGACUGGUUAGCUACAAUGGAGACAAAUGGGCCGAAAACAGAAAACUUAUUAAUCCAGCUUUCCAUCUCGAGGAGUUGGAGGUUAAUCUGAUCUGGUUUAGAUUUUGUACCAAGACCAGUUGUCAAAGAAUUUCUAAGAACAGGGAACUUGUUUCGCCAAAAGGGUCUUUUGAGUUGGAUGUUUGGCAUCAUCUUCAAACUCUGCCUUCUGAUGCAAUUUCACGGACAGCAUUUGGCAGUGACUAUGAAGAAGGAAAGAGGAUAAUUGAACUUCAAAGAGAACUGGCAGAGCACUGUGUCCAAGCUCUAGCUUCAGUGUUUAUCCCCGGAUUGAGGUUCUUGCCAACAAAGAGGAACAGAAGAAGGAGACAAAUUGCCAAAGAUGUUGAGGAUUCGAUUAGAGAAAUUAUCAGUUUCAGAAUGAAUUCCAUCAGAGCAGGGGAAGCCUGUGAGGAUGACUUGUUGGGCAUACUACUUGAAUCCAGUUCUCAGGAAAUUGACAAUCAUGAAAGUAAGGACUUCGGUAUGUCUAUCGAAGAAGUCAUUGAUGAGUGUAAGCAGUUCUAUUUUGCAGGACAGGAGACCACCUCAGCACUGCUUGUGUGGACUAUGAUCUUAUUGAUUAGAUAUCCAGACUGGCAGGCACGAUCUAGGGAUUGUUGUCGUAACUUUUUGGUGAACUGUGUUUUUGUUCAAUUAGACAAAUCAUCAAUUCAAGAUUGA